AGUUAGGGAAGUAAAAGGAAAGAAAAAAAGGGACAAAUCCCACCCGUCGUGUCUUGUUCUUGUUCAUCCUCUGUUUCCUCUUUUCCUAAUUUUUCUUUCCUUCUCACUGUUUUUCCCUUACUUAUUAAAAAGUCUCAAACUUUGCUUCAAAUUCAACCCAUCUCUCAUUAUCUCUCAUCUAAUCUUCCCCCUUGCAAUCACAUCUCUAAUCUCUGAUUCAAUGGAAGGCGUUUCCGCUAAUGUGUCGGCAUCGACCUUGUCAAACGAUGAAGACCUCGUCGUCUCUUGCGAGGAUUCUUCUUCUCCGGCAGAGAAUGAGCUCGAGCUUGGUCUCACUUUGAGCCUAGGUCGAGAAAACAGGGUUGCUCACGCUGUUGAUUCUUCUUCUUCUUCUUCUUCUUCUUCUUCGUCGUCUUCUUUGAGUAGCAGAGCUAGCGUGACUGCUGGGAUCAAGAGAACAGCUGAUUCGAUGGCCGCUACUAGUGGGCAAGUUGUGGGGUGGCCACCGAUAAGGACUUACAGAAUGAACAGUAUGGUUAACCAAGCCAAGACAUUGGCAAUGGAAGAUCAAGAAGUAAACAAAAACAGAACCGAUGCAACAAAGAUGAGAAUGUUUGUGAAGGUGACUAUGGAUGGUCUUCCGAUUGGAAGGAAAAUCGAUCUGAACGCUCAUAGAUGCUAUGAAUCACUGUCCAACACUCUCGAAGAUAUGUUUCUGAAGCCCAAAACAGAUGGUCACCUGGAAGCAGGGGUCAUCAGGAAGAUACUACCAGAUGGGUCUUCUGGAUUAGUCCUAACAUAUGAAGACAAGGAAGGAGAUUGGAUGCUUGUUGGUGAUGUUCCCUGGGGGAUGUUUAUUGGUUCUGUCAAAAGACUCCGGAUAAUGAAAACAUCAGAGGCUACUGGUACAGCUCAAAUGAUCUUAUGAAGGAAGCAUAUAGUAUACUCUACAAGAACCCCUUCAUGUUUGAAACAGUAUAAUAAGACAUAUCACAAGAUCAAGGAGAAGACAAAAACAAUUUAAGAAUCUUCUUCUUCUUCUUGCCUUUUACAGUUUUUUGGCUCUGCCAUAUUUUUUAGUUAGUUAUAUGUUCUCAUUGUAAAUCAUACACUUGACAAGUUAUAACAAAAGUUACAAAACUCUCAAA